GAGGCAGGGCAGGCAGUGUGCGGUGAGACAGUGGCGGAGGAGGUCGUCGGCGGCUGGCUCGCUCUCCCAACAUACACACUCGCGCGGAGAAUUAUCGAUCUCCUCUCCACCAUGUCGCUCUUCGGCUCACUCAUGAGAGGCUUCGACGACGAGUCCUUCUUCGGGGGUCAUCGGAGCAUCAUGAGACAGAUGGACCAGAUGAUGGCGUCGGUCAUCCGCGACCCCUUCGAGGACGAUCCCUUCUUCGGGUCUGGCGGUGGUGCUGGCGGGGGCGGCGGGUGUGUGGGCCUCCUUGCCGGGUUUCCCGCCCUCACAGCCGGUCCCGCCGCCCUCACAGCCGGUCCCGCCGCCCUCACUGCCGGGCCCGCCGCCACCAAUGCCCUGAGUGCCAACGUCCUCAACGCCAACGCCCUGGUGGCGGCGGCGGCGGCGGCCUCCGGCAGGUCCCAACGGCCCAGAACCCAGCACCCAUUCUCUGCUCUGGGCAUUCCCUUCGUGGCUGAUAUGGUAUCCUCAAUCGACCAAAUGGCUCAGCAAGGGAGCUGCCACAUGUACAGCAGCUCGUCUGUGAUGACCAUGACAACGGGUCCUGACGGUCGACCACAGGUAUAUCAGGCCACAUCCUCCACCAGGGGAGUUCCCGGUGGUGUCAGGGAAACACGUCGCACAAUUAAUGACAGUCGAACUGGGACACGGAAGAUGGCUAUUGGUCACCACAUUGGAGAUCGUUCACAUAUUAUAGAACGUGAGCAUACCUCAAGGAACAUGGAAGAAAGACAGGAAUUCAUUAAUCUUGAUGAAGAGGAGGCGCCCCAGUUCGAUCAAGAAUUUCGUCGACGUACCCAGCAAGCCAUGGGUGUAGGAGCUCUGGAAUACCGGCCUAGACACCGCCCUUCUUCCUCCUACAAUCCUCGUGGCUCUAGCGUCCCGGCUAUAACUUCUUCUUCCAGAUACAGAAGCCGAUCUCGACCAAUGCUUUCCAUCACUGCUGGCCCAAGGUAAACCCUGGAGUACAUCGGGUUACCCUGGUAAAGUGAGGAUCGUGCUCGACGGCGCGACAGAGAAGAACGUGGUUAUCGGUCACACCGCCGCAACGAGCCAAACGUGUAACAGCUGAUAUUGUUAUAAUCUUUAUCAUUCAUUAUUGUAUUUGGAUUUCCUCGAUAUUUACUGAUAGAUAUCAUAUAUCAUUUACUAUAGUGGAUAUUAUAUUGAUAGAACCAAGCAAUUUAAUAUCAUACUACCAUUAGCCUUAAGAAUGAGUUAGUUUCAUUAUAAAGAAAUAUGUAGUUAAAAUACAUGGAUAGGGAUAUUUGACACGAGAUAUAUUUGAUGAAGUGAUAUAAGUAGGUUAAAACAAUUUCACUGUAUCAGCAUAUUUCAUCCUGUUGUGCAUAACAUUGGGUUCACCCAUCUAUGUUGGUGAUAAUUUUCCCCUCUUAUGAAGCAGUACAACAACAUUUAAGUGUGUAAAUAUACUAGUGUAUGAUAGGGAACUUAUUAAAUGAAAAAUGGAACCCAUAAUGGGCCUCUGAGCUUCUCCCAGCAACCUCUUUCAUGGUUAUGCACAAAAAAACAAAAAUAAAAAAAAAAACACCUGUACGUUAUUUGACAAUAUACAUGACCUGAUCGCUUAAUCUUUAUACACACACAUGAAGAUAUAUUCAUUAUUGUUGUUAGGAUUACAUAGUGAAGUUGAAAACUGUUGGGAUUAGAAAGUUCACUUACAAAUGGAUUACUUUAUAUUGGUAACUAUAGAUAUAAAAAUGAUAGUUUCCCCCUUAUAAACAGUUGAUUGAUUUGUUCUUAUUAGAAUGUGGUAGUUAGCUUAAAUUACAUGACAUGAAUAGGUUAAGAAUUCUUGAAGGUCAUAAGAAUGUUUUCAGAGGUGAAAAUAGGAUUAUCCAUCAGAAGAAUGACAUUCAACUUUGUGUGGUUACUAAUGAGGCUUCCUUCAAUGAAUUACAAAUACUAAGCCUGAAUAUAAUAAUGACUUUAGGAAUGCAUCGAUUAACUUUAUAUUUGUGAUGCAAACAAGUGCAUCGCAAGAGGGUGUUCGCUGCCCGCACUUCUCAGGUGACAACGGUGGAAUAUGCACAUCAAGUGCAAGACAGCCAUAUUUUUCCUGGUCUCCAAAAAGUUACCAUUUUUGUACUGUAUCCAACCUUGCUCUAUUUAUCACUGCCUGUGGCAAACCUCAAAUAGUAAAGACCUUGAUAGUAGUUUGUGUGAAAUGCUAGAAUGUACGUACCAUUUAGAUGUGUUAAUUGAAUCCAUACUCGCCUCCUUGUUAUGGUAUAAGGAAUAUCCAAUGUCUUAUAGCUAGGAAAAUGUAAUGCUUUUUAUCAGUGCGAUUUGAUCAGUGGUAUUUAUUUUGACAGGGUGAAGAUGGUUUGUUUGCAAUAAUUGUUUUUGUAAUAGGGAUUGUCUGAUAUUUCUUUUUUACAAAAUGUUAAAAUAAAGGUUUUAAAAAUUUGCUCAUGUAUUAAGGACAUAACUUGUUUAUCCACAACACUUUGUAGCAGUGAUAAACAUUUUAAGUAUACAGUAUUGUUUUUGUUAAACUUUAUAAAAGUUUACAAAAUUAAAACUUAUUUUCUUAUUUCAUGACAAAAAGUGUGUAUACUUUGAGCUGCUCUUUGUGUGGCAGUGUUAGGCAUUUUAAAUACUGUAUUGUAUUUAAGUUACUUGAAUCUGUUUCAAAAUGUUUACAUGAUAAGCACAAGACUAAUAAUUAUAAAUACACUGAUUUAAUUUGCAUCUAAAUACUGAAAUGAGAAAAAUCUAUGAGCAUAUGCUUUAUAAAGUUGUAGGAGUUCAAAAAAUAAAAUGUUUUUUUGCACAACAAGACUUAGUUCCCACAAGGAUGAUAUCAAUGAUUACAUUCAAUGAAAAUCCCACCAUUUUCAGUUGUAUGUACAGGUAUUGUAGUUACUUACUAUAUUGAGGUUGUCUUGACCCAUUACCUUCAAUAUUAUCACCAAUACAUAAUAUUAGGACAAGUGGAUCAUCUAGAACAGGCACAAGUGUCAAGAGUGAACUCUAGCAAACAGAGGGACUGGAUCUGGUAUGAAUGUUCACAGGAACAUUACUACACAGACCGUUUCUCUGAAGAUACUUUUCAACGAUAUUGUGGAAUAAAGAUAAGUGAAGUUGAGGUUACAGUUGAAUUUAAAGUAAUGUAACAAUUAUAGGACAAAUGAGGACAUAAUUAAUUUUUGUUUUAAAUUAUAUAUUUAUGGUAAUGCUGUAUAUUUAGGCAGUUUAUGGAUAUGAUGGCAACUGAUAAAUUUGAAGGAAAAAGUGGACUUUGCUAGGUCUCUACUUGUUACACCCCUACUUUUACCAUACUGUGUACUAUUGGUCAAACAGUUAAGCUUCAAAAUUCAAUUUGAGCAAGUAUAAAUUUGCCCAUACAUAUAAAUGGUGCAUAUGAUUAACACAAUUGCAACAUUAUGUAACAUUUCAGAAAAUGGAGAGAUUGACAAACAACAGAGGUAGAGUGAGGUGAAAAGGAAAGUGUAGAGGAGAGACAAUAUGGGAUAGAGUGGACUUGGAAAGGCAGAAAGAGUGGACAGAGGAAGAGGGGUAUAACGAGUAAAAAGCAUUAGCGCUUGAAUUAGGGUAGAUAGAGGUAGAGCUGUCGCCUUCCAUUCAUUAAUUCCAUUCCUUGUUUGGUAAACUUGUCUGUUCAACAGCUAUUAUAAUAAAUGUUAACUGUUAACCUUCAUGCUUUACAUGGUUGUAGUUUAAUUAUCAAGUCUGAAUCUUUAAGUACUGUAAUCUUCAGCAUACUCUCCACACUAGCUUUCAUAAAUCAAGAAACAAAUUCAAUAUCAGAUUUAAAGAAGUUUAAUUUUUUUUUUUUAGGUGUAAUGUUGAAAUAUUAUGGUCUGACCUCGAGACUUGAUUAUCUUUUACUUUAUUAAUUUUUUAUUACAUUGUUGCAGCAUAGUGCCUCUUAAGCAUUCUGUACAUCAUUUGUGGCUGGAAAAAUGGUAUUUAGUAGUAAUAUUCAGGUAGGCAUUUUAUCAAUAAAAACAAAGGUGGAAUUUUUAGGAAAAAAAACUUAUUUGUACCAUAUUCUAUAGCUAACAUCAUUGUAAAUUCCUCUGCACAAGUGUAUUCAUGAGUGAAUCUAUGCAAAUUGAAGGCUAACUAGCUUCAUUUCACACACUUUCUUCAUGCACAUAGGGUGCUAACUUCACUACAAACCAUGAAUAAAAGUUUAUUAACUAACAUGCAGAUGUUUAAGGACAUUUUGCUUGCUACACCUUGAUUUAUGUGCUGUGGAUGACCUAAUGACCAGUGUAUUUAGAUUUAGGUUUUGUUUUAUUAUUAAGUUUCCUCAAAGUAUUCCUAUUAUUAUCAAGUUGUGCUUUUUUAUUGUGUGUUUUAAAAUGUAACUACUGACAGUGCCUAGUGUUUCUUGAGAUACAGUGUCAUGUUCUAGGAAAAAAAGGCAGUUCACAAAAUCACGUAAAAGAAGUGACUCAGGAGAAUGAGAAAUGUAAACAUCUAAUAUUUUUUGUAUGGAUGCUAAAACACCAAAGAAUAUGCCACCAUCAAUGCCUUAUAGUUGGAUGUACUAUUAUGGAUUUCCUCUUUCUGCUUCUUUGGACUUUGUUCAAAGCUAUUUAUUGAAAAUAAAAGUACUUUAAAUU